AUUCCAGCCUGGAGCUGCACUGAGCAUGGGCGAAACCAUCCGGGCCGCUGUGCUCCUGUAAGUGCAACAACAAAGCCUGCAGAUCAGGCAGCCGGCAAGCCUUUUGUUUUCUUCCAGUCAAGCCCCAGGUCCCCCUUUUGUCUGCUGCCCGGCAGAGAGGGGCUGGCGAUUCUCCCCCCAGCCCUUGCUCCUGUUGGCCUGCUCUCGCACUGCUGCCUUCACAGACUGGGACCAGCGUGACAGCCUCGCUCCCUGGGCCUAACGAUUCUGCAGGGUCUUGGCCAAGGAAACUGCUGACAAGGCAGCUCUCCCAGCCAGCCAAUGAGCCCCCCGCUGCACGGUGCUGACGUAACCGGGAUGCUGUCUGCCUUUUAGAGGACAGUGACUCGGUUGCCUGGGAGACAGCAGAAGAUACUCUCCGGGCCGGGCCGGCUCUCAGCCCUGACGUCACGGCCCGAAGCUGCCUGGAUGUCUGUCUCCCUGUUUCCAGGCUGGCUGGUAGCAUGGAGGGGAGAGGCCUAGCCCUGUCAGAGGAGUGCCUGUAAACCACUAAGCAAAUGGACAUCAAAGGCCAGUACUGGACGGAUGAUGAUUCGGAUGGGGACAAUGAAUCUGAAGAAUUCCUGUAUGGAGUCCAGGGGACAUGUGCGGCAGACCUGUACCGACACCCGCAGCUGGAUGCCGACAUUGAGGCCGUGAAGGAGAUCUACAGCGAGAACUCGGUGUCUGUCAGAGAAUAUGGGACCAUUGAUGAUGUGGACAUUGACCUCCAUGUUAAUAUCAGCUUCCUGGAUGAGGAGGUGUCGACCGCCUGGAAGGUCCUACGGACCGAGCCCAUCAUCUUGAGGCUGCGGUUCUCACUCUCCCAGUACCUAGAUGGACCCGAACCGUCCAUCGAGGUUUUCCAGCCAUCCAAUAAGGAGGGGUUUGGAUUGGGUCUUCAGCUGAAAAAGAUCCUGGGAAUGUUCACUUCCCAGCAAUGGAAACACCUCAGCAACGAUUUCCUGAAGACGCAGCAGGAGAAGCGGCACAGCUGGUUCAAGUCGAGCGGCACCAUCAAGAAAUUCCGAGCAGGGCUCAGCAUCUUCUCCCCCAUCCCCAAGUCUCCCAGCUUCCCCGUCAUCCAGGACUCCAUGCUGAAGGGCAAGCUGGGGGUGCCAGAGCUCCGGGUCAAUCGCCUCAUGAACCGCUCCAUCUCUUGCACCAUGAAGAACCCCAAGGUGGAGGUGUUUGGCUACCCACCCAGCACCCAGGCAGGUGUCGCCCCAUUCAGCAUCCUGGUUGGUGGCCACUGCAAGAACAUCCCCACGCUGGAAUAUGGAUUUCUUGUCCAGAUCAUGAAGUACGCUGAGCAGCGGAUCCCCACCCUGAAUGAGUACUGCGUGGUGUGUGACGAGCAGCACGUCUUCCAGAACGGGUCCAUGCUCAAGCCGGCUGUGUGUACACGGGAGCUGUGUGUCUUCUCCUUCUACACCCUAGGAGUGAUGUCCGGGGCUGCGGAGGAGGUGGCCACAGGAGCAGAGGUGGUGGACCUGCUUGUGGCCAUGUGUCGGGCUGCCCUGGAGUCUCCACGCAAGAGCAUCAUCUUUGAGCCUUACCCCUCUGUGGUGGACCCCAACGAUCCAAAAACACUUGCCUUUAACCCCAAGAAGAAGAACUAUGAGCGUCUGCAGAAGGCCCUGGACAGCGUGAUGUCAAUCCGGGAGAUGACCCAGGGUUCGUAUCUGGAAAUCAAGAAACAGAUGGACAAGCUUGACCCUCUUGCACACCCGCUACUGCAAUGGAUAAUCUCCAGCAACAGGUCACACAUUGUCAAGCUACCUCUCAGCAGGCAGCUGAAAUUUAUGCACACCUCACACCAGUUCCUCCUGCUGAGUAGUCCCCCGGCCAAGGAAGCCCGCUUCCGCACAGCCAAGAAACUCUACGGCAGCACCUUCGCUUUCCAUGGCUCUCACAUUGAGAACUGGCACUCCAUCCUGCGCAAUGGGCUGGUCAAUGCGUCCUACACCAAACUGCAGCUGCAUGGAGCAGCCUAUGGCAAAGGCAUCUACUUGAGCCCCAUCUCCAGUAUUUCCUUUGGAUACUCAGGGAUGGGGAAAGGACAGCACCGGAUGCCCUCGAAGGAUGAGCUGGUCCAGAGAUAUAACCGGAUGAACACCAUCCCCCAGACCCGGUCCAUCCAGUCACGGUUCCUGCAGAGCCGGAACCUGAACUGCAUAGCACUUUGUGAAGUGAUCACCUCCAAGGACCUCCAGAAGCACGGAAACAUCUGGGUGUGCCCAGUCUCGGACCACGUCUGCACCCGCUUCUUCUUUGUGUACGAAGACGGACAAGUAGGAGACGCCAACAUUAAUACUCAGGACCCCAAAAUCCAGAAGGAAAUCAUGCGCGUGAUUGGAACUCAGGUCUACACAAACUGAGGGGCGCACGGAGCAUCCCGCUUGUUCGUGCAGGGAGCCAGCGACUGCUCCCUCCCCUCGACAUGGGCUGAAGGAGCCAGGUGUCCGAGGCUGCCGACUGGAGCAAUGAAAACACCGGCUGGAAGAAGGAACCGGGAAGAAGGGGGGUGGGGGAGGUCGGGGAUGAGGGGAGGCCUCAGCCGCCUCCUUCAGGGAGGGCCAUGCUGCUCUAGCCAGCGCCUCCGUCUGGACAGCGAUGGCUGUGGUGCCACAUCAGAAGCCCAGCAGCGAGUCAGUUUUUCCCCCCGGCUCCGCUUCUGCCUGUACAUAGAUGUAAAACAGAGAAUGCAGAAGGGGUGGACUUGUGGAUACUUCCCCGUUUCCUCCCCAACCUGGCCCCAAAGUCCCUUUGUCCCAGCACCGCGAAGGAGCCCGUUGCCACGUCCCAUCUCACUCAUGUGCCCUCUGCCCGCAGGCCUGGCCUUUGCGGCGGGGCAGGUGGCCAUUCUCACGUUUACAGUGAUGACGUUUUUAACGACUAACAAAAACGAAACAAAAAAAUGGUUUUAGCUUAUUAAAGUUCUUUAAAAAACUC